AUGGAGAGGCUUUGGAUCGCCGUGGCAACGUGUGUGCUCACGUCCUGCACUGUCAAAGGCAACGACUGGUGGUGGAAGUAUGAGGAGGGGAUACGACAGUACAGCACGGAGGCCCUCAAUAAGGAGUUUCCAGAGAAAACUCGACCGGUGAGCUUCAAACAUCCUGUGUUCCAGUGCCCUGAUAUGACUCCCUCUCACUCUGUCCCCUCCUCAGUUGAAUAUGUGAAGGCGGCAGAUAUCAAAGUCAUCGCCGCCCUGGGAGAUUCACUGACAACGGGUAUAGGUGCCAACGCAAGCACUGUCCUCGGGAUUCCCAUUGAGUUUCGUCAUGUGUCGUGGAGUAUUGGAGGCUACGGAUCAUUUCAGGAUGCCAUUACUUUAGCAAAUAUCAUCAAGCUGUUCAAUCCCAAUCUGGUCGGUGCUGCUCCUGGCAAAACAGUGCACGGGAUGCAGGCUCAUAUCAGUGAAACAGGCUUCAACCUGGCUGUGACUGGACACAACACAUUCAACCUCCCCGGCCAGACGAGACAUUUGAUUGACACUCUGAGAGAUUAUGAGGGUCUGAACUUUGAGGAGGACUGGAAGCUUUUGACCAUUCUCAUGGGCAUGAAUGACAUUUGUGAUUACUGCAAAGAUAAGGCUCUGUUUUCAGUGGAUAACUUCAUUCACUAUAUGACCGUCUCGUUGGAAAUGCUAAUGAACGAGGUUCCUCGUAUGAUUGUUAACGUCGUUCAGAUCCUGCCCAUGCAGACUCUGAGGGAGGUGCAUAAACCCACCCCAGGGUGCCUGCUCCAAAGGUCUUUCUGCUCGUGCCUGAUAGAACCAGUCACCGGGUCUCCUGAACUGAGAGAGCUGGUACGAGUCAAUCUAGAGUUCCAGAAAAGACUUGAGAAGCUGCUGUACAGUGACCAUUUCUUCAAGGACGACUUUGCUGUUGUGCUUCAGCCCUUUCUAAAAGACGCUGACCCUCCCCGUCUCUCGAAUGGGAAGAUCGAUAUGACCUUCUUCACUCACGACUGCUUUCACUUCACCAUAAAGGGGCAUGAGGAACUGGCCAAGGGGCUGUGGAACAACAUGUUUCAGCCUGAGGGAGGAAAGAUGAUUGUGAGCAGUUUCUCUGACCCCAUCACUCUCAUCUGUCCACCUUUGGAACAUCCAUAUAUCUUUACCCGACCGACUGCGGCCAAGUCAGGCCAGCCUCAGCUGCAGUCUGAUGCUCUGUCACAGGCAGCCGCCUCCCUGCUGCUCUCGCUCCUCGUGGGUUUGGGACGUCUUGGACUUGUGUAGCUUUCACUUUGCUGGACUAUUUUACAAGCAUGUCACUGCUACACUGGUUACUGUUGAAGGGGAUAGAGUGGAUCACCUCCUGCAGAGGAGAGUUUGUGAGACACUCUUUGCAGCUUUGCAUGUCUGUGGCGCCAGAUAGCAGCACAGAGGAAAUUACUGCAGAGGUAACGUGACAGUGAAUCCUGCGACCUAAAUAUUUCAUUUUUAGGCGGUUGGAGGUGGAGAUGGUGAGCAUGAAACAAAUGCUGCUCUGAGCAGAAUGUUUUCUAUUUUGCUUUCAAAUUUUAAUUCAUCAUCCCUGCACCAAGACGAUUGUCCUGCUCUCACCACAUGCCAACAGAUCAGUCAGAGCAAUCUUCUGUGUUUCUCCCACAUUUGUAAUUAAAAUAAUAUACUGUAGGUGUAUUUUUUAACAAAAGUCUUGCUUUAACUUGACUGCAGAUUAGUGAAGCAUGUAGUAACAGUUUUUGAAUUGUUAAUGUGACAUUUAUACAUUCAUACAUGAACAUUAAACUAAUUAGACUUUGCCCAA